CAUACGAGUUUGUUUCUACUAGCGAAGUAACGCAGUCCUUCCAUCCUCCUCAGCCGCUAGUGUCAGUUAGGGGAGUGAAUCUCAGUGAAAUUCUUCUCGCAUCUGUACAAGGAAGGCCAAUACUGUAGCAACCUUGUAUUUCCAGGACUAGCAACAGUGAGAGGAUUCAAAUAAGUCUUAGCUGCUCCUAGUGGUCUUGCGUUUUGCAGGACUAAGGACUCUCAGCCCUAGAUUUUGGUAUAUUUGACUAUUGGCAAUCCUUAGAUUAAUUUUUGAAGAUGAACAGGAACAUCAAAGGGAGAAUGGCCCGGCCACCAGGGUCACAAGGAGCUGAACUUGAAAAUCAGUUUAUUCUUAGACUUCCUGUUACCCAGGCUGCAUCCCUGCGGGAAGCCAUCAGACAUGGCCACACGAACAUCAAGGAUCGUCUGGCAAUCCAGCUUGACUUCACCAAUGAUAAGGAUGACAUGAGGAAUGGAGUUAUUACUAUUGACACCAUCAUGUACAAAGCAAGGCUGAUGGACAUACCAACAAUAAUGGAAACUUUGAAGACAAUUGAUGGUAAAAACUUUUACAAGACAGCAGAUGUUUGUCAGAUGUUGAUGGUACGAGAGGAGGAAGACCCCCCAGAAGAAGAGGAUUCCAAGAAGAAGAGGAGAGAUCCCAACAAAGUGGACAAAAAGUACCUUUGGCCACAUGGAUACACUCCCCCUCUCAAAAAUGUCCGCAAACGUCGCUUCCGGAAAACUCUGAGAAAGAAGAAUCUGGAUUUACCAGAAAUAGAAAAAGAAGUGAAAAGAUUGCUAAGAACCGAUAAUGAAGCCACUUCAAUUCGAUGGGAAGUUAUUCGGGAAGAAGAUGAAAAGAAGAAUAAUGCAGAUGCAAGUAUAUCAUCAUCGAACCUAGAUGAACAACUGUUUGGAGGGGCUCUCAGUUCCUCAGAUGAUGAGGUUGGGCCAACCAUCAACAUUGUGGAUGAAGAUGAUGAUUCACGUCUCUCAGUAGAUGAUGAUAGGUUGUCCGAGUCAUACAUGCAUAAUGAGACUGGCAGCAGCCCUCCCAGUAAGAUAGGAGGUUCUGGGACCCCACAAGUUACAGACUUCUCAGGGAUGUUCCAGAAGGAGGGUGAUUCUUCUUCUAAACCACAGACACCCUCUCCCUCAAAAGCUGGCAAAGGCAAGAACUCACGAUCGUCUUCCAAAAAGGGGAGCUCCUCUGGAGGUGGCCAUGGCAGGCCAUCAGAGGAUGGUGGACACUCCUCUGAGAGCACCAGUAAACUAUAUGCUCGUAUAUCAGUGCUGGAGAGUGAACUGACACAUCUGACAACCCAGCGUGCUGCUCAGAAAGCAGAGAUUGCAAAUAUUGAGAACCUAGCCCUCAAACAGCGCUUCCUUUCUGAGCUGGCUGAUAUAGAAACACAGAUUAGAGAAAAGGAAUAUGAGAUUGAAGAAAUACGUGUUCAGCUGCAGGAGUAGAUGCUGAAUGCUCAGGUAACUUAUUCCUGAAAUCUGAGUGCCAUCCAGGAACACUCCCCAGAGACUCUAUGCACCAUGGGCUUUGAGAGGCAGCCAUCAACAAUGCUGCUAGUCUAUAAACACAACAGAUUUACACCUCUACAGCAUAUGCAUGAGGUGACUAGUAUACACUUAAGUAAAUAUAUUGCAGUUUUCACAAGCUUAUCACCAAGCAGUAAUAUGAGAGAAACCAAAUUUUUUAUUGUAUUUUGUAUGUCACUGAGAAGAGAAUGUUUUCAUGAGCCUGUUAUUAAUUAGUGUUCUGGAUGAUGGGGUGACUUCCAAUUAUGUACAAGUCAAUGAGGAGAAUUUUAAAAUUGUCAAGUUAUUGAUAUGUUGGGGUGGGCAAGAGUCUUUCUAUGAAUUAUUACAAUCAUCCUGUGUUUCUCUGCUUUUUCUUAAAUAUUUUCUUAAAUUUGAGAUGUAUAUUAUUAUUUUCUAAAUAUAAGUAGCUAUGCUGUGAAGUUUAUCAUGUAAUAUUUUUUAUUUAUGAUUUGUUCAUUAUAUUGAUGUAGAUAAAUAGUUAAUUAAAAAAAGCCUCCAGU